CGCCUUUUUACGCUGUGAAAUUAUUUAGAAAAAUUGCAUACAAAAUUAACAGCUAAUCAUUCGACGAUAACAAAAUCUAUAACAAGAUAAUAUAGAAGAACCUUUGGAAGUCCGAAAAAAGCUGUCAAACAUUUAUAAACAGACGAACAAAGUUCAGAGAGCCACAUGGGAACUAUAUCGCUGAGUGACUACGAGGAUGUGCGCAUCUGGGUGCCCUGGGGUCACGUUGCGGGUCGCUGGUAUGGCAAUCGAUCGGAACGUCCCAUUUUGGCCAUUCACGGCUGGCUGGACAAUCUGGGCACCUUUGAUAGACUGAUACCCUUGCUGCCCGACUAUCUGGGCGUGUUGUGCAUUGAUCUGCCUGGGCAUGGGUGCUCCGCAUGGCUACCAGCGGGCAUGCACUACAGCACGGCCGAGUUCAUCCUCAUCAUAACACGUGUUAUGAAGGAGUACAAGUGGUCAAAGGUCUCGUUGAUGGGCCACUCGCUGGGCGGCGUCUUGUGCUACAUUUACACUGCACUCGCACCACACACUGUCGACCUGGUCAUCUCAUUGGACAUACUUCUAAGCCCUUUAGAGUCGCCUGAAGUUUUGGAUUACUUGGCUUACUUUUUGGACAAGCGCCUGGUGGAGGCUGAGCGCAUUGAAGAGGCUUCAAUGCGAGAGCCACCUUCCUACACGCUGGCCCAGCUGCGCAGUGCCCUCAGCGAGGGCAGCAACGACUCGGUGCCGCCAGAACUUGCACAGCAUUUGCUGCCCCGGAGCGUGGCCAGGUCCCAGAUGUAUCCGGAGAAGUAUUACAUUUCAAGGGAUGGCCGCACCAAGUGCCACAAUGUAUUGCUGAUCAAUUCCGGCCUCGCAGCUGAAAUGGCACGGCGCAUCAAGAAAAAUCCCUAUCUCGUCAUAAAGGGAACAGAUUCCUCCUACAUAAGCUCCAAUGACGACGAGCUUAUCAACAUUUUAAGAAACCAAAACACCCACUUUGAAUACCACGAAGUGCCCGGCACUCAUCAUGUGCAUCUAGUGAGCCCCGUACUGUGUGCCCAGCAUAUAGUUCCCUUUCUGAGGCACCAUCGACCGCCCACAGUCUCCAGUUGGUCGACAGCUGGCGAGGAGCAAAGGUUGAGCUCACGGGAGCAUCGCCUAGCACAGGAGAAUUUCUAUGCAAGGCGUCUGAGUACUCUAUAAGGGUACAAGGGGAGAAGCAUAUGCAAUAAACUUGAACAAUGUGAUAAAGUUAACUAAAGCUAAAGCUACUGAUUGGAACGUAGAGCGCAAUAUGAAGGCGUCUAAGCAGAAUCAAAUCCGAAAGUGAAGCUGCUUUUCGGUUAAGCUUUUGGUGAGAUUAAUGCCUGAUAAGCAAUUAACGCCCUGCAUAACUGGCGCCUGCUUUAUUUAUUGAAAGUAACAGUGAAUUAAAAGCUUUUGUUUUAUUUUGAUUUACUUUAUACAGCUUUCGCUCCAGUACAAAAAUGAAAUUCGCCGAACUGGGCCAACCGCUGAGCGGAGCCUUGAGCUUACAUCUUCAAGCUAUAAAAUAUAAAUUUAUUUAAAUAAGACUGCU